AUGGUCUGCUUCCGCUGCUGGCGAAAGCCGCGAACGGAGACUCCGGAGCCCGAAGAGGCGGAGCCGGACCAUGUGAAGCCGCUGAUGCAGGUGAAGGCGCUGCGCACCAAAUGCGCCCAGCGCGCCGUGGCGCUGCGCCGGGCCCGGGAGGCGCUGCGGCGCUGCGGAGACAAGGCCGAGGCGCGCAAAGCGGUCCGCCGGCCGGAGUCCGCGGAUGCGUCCGCAGGUGCCAUCUCCCGGACGGCGGACGUGUGGAAGGUCGAGGUCUUGAGGCUGAAAGCGGCCGUGCAGCAGAGGCAGUGCCUCAACGCCGGCCUGCGACAGGAGGUUGAGGGGCUAGAGAAGGCCUUUCAGUCUUUGAUCGAGCUCGGGGACCAGCAUGUGGCCGAUCUUUCUUGUGUCCAGGAGCGCAACGCUGCUCUGGAGACACCGCCAAGUGAGAGCAAAACCUCACCGGAGUGUGCCGGCUACGAGGAGGCAAUGCCGCUGGAAGACAUGGAGCAGGAGCUGAACGGCUUGGAGGCCCAGCUGCUACAGGCGAGGCGCGAAGCUGCCAAAGCUGAGGCUGCUGCACCAAUGGAGGCCCAGCUGCUACAGGCGAGGGGCGAAGCUGCCAAAGCUGAGGCUGCUGCACCAAUGGAGGCCCAGCUGCUACAGGCGAGGCGCGAAGCUUCCAAAGCUGAGGCUGCUGCACCAAUGGAGGCCCAGCUGCUACAGGCGAGGCGCGAAGCUGCCAAAGCUGAGGCUGCUGCACCAAUGGAGGCCCACCCGAGCAGGGAAUGCGAGCCAUGUGAUCAACUGAAGGCAUCCUCUCCGAGCAAGGUGGAGAGUGUGGAGCACCUGGAUGAGCCCGAAGCGGAAUCAGCUGUGGGCCGACAGGAGUCCUUGCUGACCUCUCCCGGCUUCGGUGAGCUGAGCAGCAUCCACGAGCGCUGUGACAGCCGUCGCUGGGACUGGGAGCCGGAGCCCACGCAGCCGGAGCUGCCGGAGCUGCCGCAAGAGCCCGUGACGGCGGCGGGUUUGCGGGGCGCGGCCUCAUUAGACGCGAUGGGCGCCAUGCCUCCGGUGUUUGUGGCGAGCAUGGAGUUCACAGGGUGCUCAGGCGCCGAGUUUCCGGCGCAGAGCUUACGAGAGGCGGCAGAUCCUAGACCCGUCGCCACCGGGCCGCCGGCGGCCUGCGCUGAGCGGCUCAGAGAGGAGCAGCUGAGCCAGCGCUUGCUGCGGGAGCAGAUCGCCCAGCACCGGCUCAAGGUGGAGCUGCACAGACUCCGCAACCUCCAGAGAUCGACCAGGUCAAGGAGGGCAAGGUCGGCAGAGCCAAUCCGAAGUGUAACAUUUAUGCCUGCACCAGAAUUCGUAGCCUGA